AUGGAGGAUGCAAAUUCGGAGCCAACAGUUAUGCCACUCGAUUUAUUACGAGAGAUUACGGAUGGUUUCUCCGAGGAGCGGAAGCUUGGUAGCGGUUCAUAUGGAAAGGUGUACUUGGGAGUGCAUCAAAACGGGGAAAAGAUUGCUGUGAAGGUGCUCUAUGAUAUGCCUGGAGUUGACGAUAAACACUUUCAGAACGAGUUUAAAAAUCUUACAAGGCUCCAGCACCCAAACAUUGUGCGCUUAGUAGGCUAUUGCCAUGAUAUUCAGGAAGUACAAGUAAUGCAUGAAGGGAAAUUGGUUCUUGCUGAAAAGACACAUAGGGCGCUCUGCUUGGAGUAUAUGUCUAAUGGAAGCCUUGAAAAGUAUCUUUCUGAUGAAUGUGAUAGAUAUGAUUGGCAGAAAGGCUAUCAAAUAAUUAAGGGGAUUUGCCAGGGUUUAAAUUACCUACCCAAUGAAUUAAAACCUCCUAUGUAUCAUUUUGAUUUAAAGCCAGCCAAUAUAUUGCUGGAUGAGAACAUGGUUCCCAGAAUUGCAGAUUUUGGGAUAUCAAGGCUCUUCAAAGAUGAACAGACACGAGCUACAAAAAGUACUUUAGGAACAAUUGGGUACUUACCGCCGGAAUACAUUAAAAAAAUUUGA